AAAACCAAAAUCCUACGUGGUUAGGAUCAAAGUUUUACAUAAUACACAACUACUCAUUUUUCUAAUUGUAAGAAGGAAUUAAUCCCCAGAAACCUCGUGAUAUAUUGUGUGGAACUUUUUGAACGUCCAGUUCUGUAUCCGUUUCUGAAACCUUUUGCCAUUUAUAUGACUUGCCAUAUAUAAAUGCCACCUCGCCACUGUAAAGUUAACAGGAACGUGUUUGAGUUCAGUACAAAAAUGAUCAUCCUUUAUUACUGGUAAUAAUUACAGCGCAAUCAGAUGUUUUAAGACGCUUGUGUUGACAAAUACGAUUAUAGAAUUAUGAACCGCCUUUGUAGUCUGUAACUGAAGUUGGUAAUCAAAUCAACAAAACAUUGUUCCCAAUAUUCUUAAUUGUAAAUUGUAAAAAAAUAAAAUAACGAACGUUCUCCGGUCGAAUGCCGCUUGAACUCAAAACAGUGGAUCUGAAUUGCAUAGUGCGUUCUAGAACCGUUUGUCCUUGUUGCGUCUGUAUAAACUAUAUGCGAAACAGAAGAGUGUACAGGCUAUAGUAUUUAAGCUCUUGUUAAACCCGUUCGCUGUUAUUACUAUUUUUGACGGACUUCAGUGAACACUACAAACCUGUGGAUUUACAAAACUUUUAAUUGACGUGUGUACCAAUUAAAUCUAUGUAAUCAAACCUUCAGAUAUUUUGAGUAUGUUUCACGACGCGGUGAGAGAAGCUGUCUGCAAAGACUACCUGUCCGCUUUGGAGGACUUAACUUUCAACAGUAAACAUUACAUUAACAUGCUGACCAAGCUGGCAAAAGAGAACUUGUACUUCGCCAAGGACAUCGUGGCUAUUGUGGAAGCACAUAUCGUAAAGGCUCCUGCGACUCAGAAGCUUCCAGUUCUGUACUUGGUGGAUUCCAUCGUGAAGAAUCUUAAAGGGCACUACCUUGCCGAGUUUGCCAAAAACAUCACAAUCUUGUUUGUUUCGGUCUUUGAAAAGGUGGAUUGUGACACUAGAAAAACGCUGCGUAGACUGCGCGACACCUGGGAUGACGUGUUUUCGUUGGAGACGCUAUACGCGUUGGAUAUGCACGUGAGGUGUAUUGAUCCUAACUGGGCUAUCAAAUCCGUGCCACCAACUGUGGAGUCCAGUUUAUCCCUCACCUCAAGCCUUCGACAACCAGCUGCCAAUCAGCUGGGAUUGACAGGAGCGAACACGACAGAGGUGAGACGACAACAGCAGCACCGUACGACUCCAGUGAAAGAGGAUGAGGAGACAGAACCGAACCCAAGGAUGCGCUGUGCUGAUAAUGCAGAGGGCGACACAGCCAUCGUUUCUGAGCUCAGGGCCACCAGCCGGGCAGGCAAACUUCAGAGAGAGGGCGCUGGAUUUCCACCAGGCCCGGUUAAUAAAAAGAAGAGGUCAUGCCCCGGAUCUCUGCCGCCAUCGCUCCUCUCAAAGGGAAACGACAGCCGCUCUUCAGAGAGCACAUCAGGAGUCACCUUUUCUUCUUCUGCAAGGCGCGGGAAAGGAAAACGAGUCCCUGGCAGACAGUUCCCACUGCCAAAAAAUGUUAAAGAGGAAAAAACUGACUCGACGAGUACUGCAAGAUUUAUACCGCUAGAGGGCGCCAAAGGCAAACAGUAA